UGCGGGGCCUGGGUAGUUCUGCUUGGCCGCUGGGCAGACUGACCUUCUGCGCCGCCGUCAAGCUCCGACGGGUUCCGCACCUUCCCAGGUAGAGAGACGUGCGGGGUGGGGCCGCGGGCCAGCGGAAAGACCCAGAAGGCCUGGCUGGGGACGCCACACCUGCGCGCGCGGGGGCGCAAGGUGCGCACGCGCUCUGCCGGCCCGCUGGGCGGUGGCUCCGGGACGUUGCGCAGCGGGCUGGCGAGCAGGGCGCGCUCGCUCGCGGUGGCGUAAUCCCCCAGCGUUUCUGUGUCUCCUGCCCUCCGCUUGUUGGGGCGGGUCAGGAGAAUGGCUUCGGAGAUGGAGUCGUCGCUGGAGGCAAGCUUUUCGUCCAGCGGUGCGGUGUCAGGGGCUUCAGUGUUUCUGCCUCCGGCUCGCUCCCGCAUCUUCAAGAUAAUCGUGAUCGGCGACUCCAAUGUGGGCAAGACAUGCCUGACCUACCGCUUCUGCGCUGGCCGCUUCCCCGACCGCACCGAGGCUACCAUCGGGGUGGAUUUCCGAGAACGGGCGGUGGAGAUUGAUGGGGAGCGCAUCAAGAUCCAGUUAUGGGACACAGCAGGACAAGAACGCUUCAGAAAGAGCAUGGUACAGCACUACUACAGAAAUGUACAUGCUGUCGUCUUUGUGUAUGAUAUGACCAACAUGGCUAGUUUUCAUAGCCUGCCAUCUUGGAUAGAAGAAUGCAAGCAGCAUUUGCUAGCCAUUGAUAUACCACGGAUUCUUGUUGGAAAUAAAUGUGACUUGAGAAGUGCCAUUCAAGUGCCUACAGACUUGGCACAAAAAUUUGCUGACACACACAGUAUGCCUUUGUUUGAAACCUCCGCUAAGAACCCCAAUGAUAAUGACCAUGUGGAAGCUAUAUUUAUGACCUUGGCUCAUAAACUGAAAAGCCACAAACCAUUAAUGCUCAGUCAACCCCCUGGUAAUGGAAUUACCCUGAAGCCUGAACCAAAGCCUGCAAUGACAUGCUGGUGCUAAAUAACAGUCUUUAUGAUAUCAGUAAAGAAAUACUUUUGAAAUAUGACAGUGAUAAGUUGUAAGAUUUAAUCUCAAGUAUAAUGGAUCAUCCUGACACUUUGCUAUUUAUCAUUGUCAUGCUCACAUUUGUAUCUUUUUUUUUAAGGUAUUAUUGAUAUAUACUCUUACGAAGGUUUCACAUGAAAAAACAAUGUGGUUACUA